UGGAAAGUUCUUGGAAAUCGGUCUUUUGUGUGUAGCUGUGGGUUUAAUGGGGAUUUGGUUAUUCAAAACACAUACCGAAGGAAGGGGAUUCAACGUCGCGGAAAAGACUGUCAUUGGGAUCUGUACCAAAAACAAGACCAGCGUGGUUUGGUGACUUUCUGCAUGAUAUUUUAAAUCUUAACAUUACCAGCAGCAAGCGAGUCGUGCGGAGUCGACUUGCCUUGGUCGCGAGACGUUGUCAUCGCCUGUUUUGCACCACGGGUUGGAAAAAUAUUCUUAGUUUGUUUGCCACCUCGCCAAAAUGACAGCUGAUUGAUUAGCCCGUCAGAAGAUAAAUAAUACGAAAUGGACAACUCUAGCUAUGUAAUCUGUCAUCUUUCAAUGUGAUCGACAUGGUUACACUGGGUAGCCGUUCCCUGGAAGUGUGUAGCUAACGAGCGGUUUUGUGCUUUGUUUAUUUAUUCAUCUUAGUCCCCUUUUCUUUAGGGAGAAGUGUGUAUUUGAAUGGUCAUCGGUUGAGUCGUUUGGUGCAGGAUCCACUCGCAAAUAGGACGAAUAAUUUAUCAAAUUCGAGAAGAAACCUGCAGGAAAAACUGGUUUUGCGACUGUGGUGCAACUGCCUGUCUUUUGGGGAAUAUUUUUGCGUUUGUCGGAUGUCUUUUGGGCAAUUUCGGGUUGUUCCCCAAUGACCUGCCACUCACCCGAAUCCACCGAGACCAUCGAAAAUGAGAGAAGAACGGAUACCGAGUCGCGAGUUGUAGACUCCGAUGAGACUCGCAUCGGUCAAGCCAUGAAAGACCUUAAAAAUACAGGCUGGUACUGGGGCAGCCUGACCGCCAACGAAGCCAAAGAGAUUCUCCAGGAUGCAUCAGAGGGCACCUUCCUGGUGCGAGACAGCUCCCAGAGGGACUACCUGUUCACCAUCUCUGCCAUGACCUCCGCCGGCCCAACUAACUUGCGCAUCGAGUACAAGGAGGGGAAGUUUAAACUAGACUCGGUGGUGCUGAUCAAGCCCAAGCUCAAGCAGUUUGACAGUGUGGUGCACCUGGUGGAACACUACGUGCAGCUGUCCAGGACUACCAGUAAAGGUGCGUCGCAGUCCCUGGCCCGACCCAACGGCACGGUUCAGCUGCUACUGACUAAGCCUGUGUACACUGCCACGCCCUCUCUACAGCACCUGUCCCGGAUCGCCAUCAACAACGCCACCAGGCAGGUGCAGGAGCUGCCUUUACCCAACAGGCUAAAGAACUACCUGACGGACUACAGCUACAAUGUAUAGUAGGACUGCAAAUCCCAGAUGUGGUUUGGGAUAGAGUGCAGUGCACCUGCCAUGCAGUGGCAGUCAGACUAUCACCCAGUCCGAAGUCAGUCUUUAGCCCCAACUACUAGACACGGCUUGACGGCCCCCGUACUUCUGGAAGGAUUGCUGUUGAGCAAUAUGCUUAUAGAGCCAAGUCAGUCAUCUAAUCCUCAGGAAGCUAGGUGGAAUUUCUCCCAUAUUACUACACCCUUCCAGUUCCUUUAGUGCUACAGUUGUUCAUCAAAAAGGGCUUAGGAGUUGGAGCUAAGGGUUGAUUUCAGACCUGGGUCAUGUACAUAAUCUCUGAAACGAGUGCAAAUGUUUUCAAGCCGAAGUGGUAUACCCUGCCUGCAGACCAGCUCAGGUAAACAGGGUUUCAGAACCUUCUGAACGAGACCCAGGAGGGAUGGCACUCAACUUUUUUUUUUUUUGCUUCUCAUUUCAAGCUCAUUGUUGCUUUACAUACUCUGCCUCAUGUCUGAGAAUUGAGCAUCUGACACGGUGUCCACUUUUUGUUCUGAUUUAUGUUUGAGUUUGUUCAUAUUCUAUAUUUUCUUUUUUUUGUACUGUAAUCAUAAGAAGGGGCAGUGCUGGGAUGUCGUGAACUACAUGUAGUGCAACUAGUCAUUUAACUACCUUUUUCAGUAGCUUGGAGGUAGUUGAACUAAAUUCAAAUAUUGGAUUCAAAUAUUACUUUUUUUGCUGUGUAGCGAACUACAACAUUACAUUAUUAUUAUUUUUUUAAAUUGUCAAGUUUGCAACUUAUUUUUCAACCUCAGGCUUACUUAAUUGUCACUUGAAAGUAGAGGUCGACCGAUUUAAUCGGAAUGGCCGAUUUUUAAUUAGGGCCGAUUUCAAGUUUUCAUAACAAUCGGAAAUCUGUGUUUUUGGGUGCCGAUUUG